AUGAGUACAAACAGAAUUAAAUUUAAUACAUAUAAAAAUUCUGAAACAUUGUACAAACCAAAAUUUAUGGUUAACGAUAAAGUACGAAUAUCUAAGUAUAAACAUGUAUUUAGUAAAGGAUAUACACCAAAUUGGGCAAUGGAAAUAUUUACAGUUUCAAAAGUUUUACAGACAAAUCCAGUAACUUAUCAACUAAAGGAUGAAUCAGGUAGUAUAAUUUUAGGUGGUUUUUAUGAACAGGAAAUUAAAUUAACUGAUUUUCAAAACACCUUUCUCAUUGAACGUAUUGUAAAAAAAGUUGGGAAUGAAAUGCUUGUUAAAUGGUUAGGUUUUGAUUCAAGUCAAAAUUCAUGGAUAUCAUCAUCAGAUAUUUUAAAAUAA